AUGGAAGAGACAACGAAGAGGACGAAGAAGAAUAAGAUGGUCGUUAAUAACGAAGAAGAUGAUUCCAAAAAGAAGGAGCGUCAUUUUGUUACCUGGUCUCAACAGGAGGAUGAUAUUCUCAGACAGCAAAUCAGUUUACAUGGAACACAAAAUUGGGCGAUCAUUGCAUCCAAGUUCACUGAUAAGAGCACAAGGCAGUGUAGGAGAAGAUGGUAUACAUACUUAAAUUCUGAUUUCAAGAGAGGUGGUUGGACCCCUGAAGAAGAUACACUCUUGUGUGAGGCACAGAGACGGUUUGGGAACAGAUGGACUGAGAUAGCAAAAGUGGUCUCUGGCAGAACUGAUAAUGCAGUGAAGAACAGGUUCACAACACUGUGCAAGAAGAGAGCAAAGUAUGAAGCCAUGGCUAAAGAGAAUAGUAUUGCUUCUUGUGUGAACUCAAACAACAAAAGAAUCUUGCUCCCAGGUGGUAUCACUACACCGUGCAAAGUCGAAAAUGAAUCUCCUCUUGCUAAGAAAACUAGGAGAAGUCACAUUCCAGACCUGAAAGAGAUCAGAAGCUAUGGGGAUAGAUCACAUAUAAAGGUUCAUUCAGGUGUGCAUCAGCAGGUGAGGCCUCCUUUUACAGUACUACCUCACAAUGCCACAAGUGUCGAUAGCAAGGAGGACCAUCAAAUAGACUAUGCCAAAGAGAGUGACGGUAAUCAAGAGGUGUUUCUUAAGAAGGAUGAUCCAAAGGUAACAAUCUUGAUGCAACAAGCCGAGUUUCUCAGUUCAUUGGCACAGAAAGUUAACUCAGACAACACUGAACAAAGCAUGGAGACUGCAUGGAAGGUCCUGCAGGGUUUCUUGAAUAGAAGCAAAGAGAAUGAUGAUAUAUUCCAUUAUGAACUUCCGGAAAUGGAUUACCAACUUGAUGAAGACUUGAGGAUUAGUAAUGAAGAUAGUCAAGCAUCUUGGAGGCAACCUGAUCUCCAUGAUUCACCAGCAAGCUCUGAAAAUAGCUCAGGAUCAACUGUCACGGCGUACCCUUCUAAGACCCUACUACAACCAAUGUCUGAUACUCAGACAACACCGCAGGAGCAAAGUGGUGUGGACGUACUGCAAGAUAAAGGGAUUGUGUCUGAUACUAAUGCAGAACAAAUGGGUUUACUCUCAACUUGUCAUGAUGUCCCUAAGAACUCUAGUGAGAUUGUGCCCAUGUCUGGUGAUGAAGAGUUUAACUCGCCUGUUCAAGUCACUCCUUUGUUCAGAUCUCUAGCAGCAGGCAUCCCAAGCCCUCAAUUCUCUGAAAGUGAGAGGAGCUUUUUGCUAAAAACACUCGGUGUGGAGUCCCCAUAUCCAUGUCCGAGUGCUAAUCCUUCACAACCACCUCCUUGCAAAAGAGUCCUUCUUGAUAGUUUGUAA